AUGGCUAGCAAAGGAAAGUUGUGCUUCAUUGUCUCGUCGAUCUUCAUCCUGCGUUUUGCUCAAGCAGAACAAUACUACAGGAAUUUCACCAGCAAAAUAAAUGAUUCCUUCUUGUUUCCGCUUGAUCCACACGGCUUGAAUGGCCGCUACGCUGGUUUAUGGUCCAACUAUAGCGACACACAGAUCAGCCGGUAUAUUAGUUACGAGGUGUGGAUGCUGAGUUAUAACGCUGACACACCACGAUCGUUUUUCCUGGCCCUCGUUGCCAUCCGCAAUCCAACUAGCUGGGAGCUCACAAGACCGGUCAUCCUGUGGAAGGCCAGACAGACGAGGCUUGUAGGUGAGAAUGCCACUCUACAAUUUACCACAGAUGAAGGACUUAAAGUCGAAGAAGACGGUGAUGUUGUAUGGUCCACGAAAACUGCAAACAGAGGCGUCCGGUGGCUCUGUAUUUCCAAUCGCGCAACCAUAAUGCUCCUGGAUGAAAGCGGAAGCAAUGUCAUCUGGCAAAGCAGCGACGAACCUUCUGAUACUGUGCUGUUGCAACGAGCACUUACGCCGGGACAAAAGCUCGUAAGUUGGAAUACUUCAGAAGACAGCAGCGAUGGCCUCUAUAGUCUCGUCAUAGAGAAAAACAGGCUGCAACUGUUGUACGCCUCGCAACCGUACUGGAGCUUCGGUAAUAUUACCAGCGAGGAAGAUAUGUUUGCGGUGUUUUGCUGGCAAAACGAUGGUAUCGUGUCUCUGGAUCUGCGAGGCAACUUCUCACAGAUUGAAACGGAGCGUGAUGACUUGGGCUUAGUGUUUUCCUGGUCAUGUUCCAGUCGAGGUUUAAGAGACCAAGUGAUGGAGUUGCCAAUAAAUGGGUCACAACUCACGGCCUCCACUUUCAUAAAGCUGAAACCGGACGGGGAUGUCGUCUUGUACUCCUGGAAUUGGACGGGUACAAACUGGAUAGAUUUCUUCAGGUUUUCGACUCUCUUCAAGUGCUUUCUUCCAAGUGGAUGUGGAAGAUACAGAACCUGCAAUUCAGCAUCAGGCGCAUGCGAGGAAACUUGUCCAGAUACCUUUGCAAGAAGAGGUGAAGACUGCCAGCCACCAUAUCCACUAGAGACAUGCGAAGACCAGCUCGAGUAUCGAUUCGUUCGAAGAGAGGGAGCUGAUUACUUCUCCACAAAUUAUUCCACUCCAGUUCCUGAAGCAUCAGUGGAGGCGUGUCAGGGGCGACGUGAGUCGAACUGCACCUGCACGGCGGCCUUUUAUAAUGACGGGAGCUGCUUUCUCACGCACGGCGACGUGCAGUCACUCCGAUCUGGGAAGUACGUUGCUCUGCUGAAAGUUGCCCGCCCUCGAAAGGUUUCCAAGACGCAACUCCAGGCCAUCACAUUGGGAGUACUUGUUCCAACAUUGUUCCUGCUGAUAGUCUGUCUCGGAUGGCACUGCCGGAGGAGAAAUAAGCAUGAUGACGACGAGGGAGAAGAAGAAAGCACCUUGCAGCUAUCCCUCAUGGCGGGUAUCCCCAGGCGCUUCAGUUUCCAGGAGCUUGAAGAAGUCACAGGGAAGUUCAGCAACUGCCUCGGGAAUGGAGGAUUCGGAAACGUUUUCAAAGGAUUACUUGCCGAUGGCACUGAAGUUGCUGUGAAGAAGCUCGAAGGCUCGAACCAGAAAAGUAAGGACUUUUUUGCGGAAGUUGGAAUUCUAGCCAGGACGCACCACUGGAACCUCGUCAAGCUGCUGGGAUUCUGUGCGCAAGGGCCCAGGAAAAGGCUCCUUGUGUACGAGUAUAUGAAGAAUGGCUCCCUAGAGCGGUGGAUAUUUGAAGACGACAGAAUUCCUGGGAAUAUUUCGUGGAAACUUAGAUUCAACAUCGCAAUAGGCACAGCGAGAGGAUUGAACUACUUACACGAUGACUGUGUUGAAAGGAUAAUCCACCUGGAUCUGAAGCCGGAGAACGUACUCCUCGACGAUGGUUUCCAGCCGAAGAUAGCAGACUUCGGAUUGUCCAAGCUCAUGGACAGGAAGGAAAGCCAGUUGCAGCUGACGAUUACGAGAGGCACCCCUGGCUACGUUGCACCGGAGUGUAUUCAGGAAGGAACGGUGACUGAAAAAACAGAUGUUUUCGGCUUCGGGGUUCUGCUGCUCGAGAUCAUAACAGGCUGCAAGAACAGGAACCUCUCAGGCGACUACCUGAAGGACUACUUGUUGGUUAGUAACAGAAACGGUAGUGCCGCUGCUCACCUCUCUGAAGAAGAGAACGAAAAGGAAAGAUUGAAGAAUGUUGCGGCGUUGUGUGUUCGAGACGAUCCAAACUUACGGCCCUCGAUAAGCAAGGUUAUACAGAUGAUGGAAGGAGUUACCGAGCUGCUUGAAGUACCUUUGGAAUCGGAGCUGAAUUUCUUUUUCGCUUACAGACCCAAAGAUCAGCUUAGCAGAACCGCAGCCUCGAACGUGACUUAUAGGAGUUCUGAUAAGUUGCUGAACUCAUCUUCCUCGUUUAAUGCCUUCUCACAAUCUAGCCUGAAUGCCCGAUGA